AUGAAAAACUAUACAAUAACAAGCUUUAUUCUGCUGGGACUGACAGACAACCCUGAGCUGCAGGUUCUGAUUUUUAUCUUUCUUCUUCUCACCUACAUGCUGAGUGUGACUGGGAAUUUGACCAUCAUCACACUCACCUUUGUGGAUUCCCACCUGAAAACACCCAUGUACUAUUUUUUACAAAAUUUCUCCUUCUUAGAGAUCUCAUUCACAACUGCCUGUAUUCCCAGAUAUUUGUAUAACAUUGCGACAGGUGACAAUGUCAUUACCUACAAUGCCUGUGCCAGCCAAAUAUUUUUUACUGACCUCUUUGCAGCAACUGAAUUUUUUCUCCUGGCCGCCAUGUCCUAUGACCGCUACGUGGCCAUCUGCAGACCCCUGCAUUAUGUGACCACCAUGAGCAACAGGGUCUGCCAGACACUUGUGUUUUCCUCUUGGUUGGCUGGAUUGUUGAUCAUAACCUCCCCACUUAGUCUGGGGCUAACUCUGAAAUUCUGUGACUCAAAUGCCAUUGAUCAUUUUCUCUGUGAUGCUUCUCCCCUCCUGAAGAUAUCAUGUUCAGACACAUGGUUCACAGAACAAACCGUUUUAAUCUGUGCUGUGCUGACCCUCAUGUUGACUCUUAUGUGUAUAGUUCUAUCCUAUACUUAUAUUAUGAAGACAAUUUUAGGAUUUCCAUCUGCCCAGCAAAGAAAAAAGGCAUUUUCCACCUGUUCUUCCCACAUGAUCAUGGUGUCCAUCACAUAUGGCACAUGCAUGUUCAUCUACAUGAAUCCCACAGCCAAGGAAGAAGUGACUGUUAAUAAAGUGGUUUCACUCCUCAUUUCUUCCAUGUCACCUAUGUUAAAUCCAUUUAUUUAUACACUGAGAAAUAAGCAAGUGAAGAAAGCCUUCAAUGACUCAAUCAAAAGAAUUGCAGCAUUAUUAAAGAAGUAA